UGCAAUCAAAUGUCAGUUUGACAAUUUCACUUUUAUUGUAGGGUUUGUUACUUUGUCUGAAAAAUGUAUUACGAAAAAAGUUGAAAAUCUUAGAAAUUCAGUGCACAAUUUAAAAAAGUUAUACUUCUAAGUACCAUCUAAAUAUGAACGGUGAGGAUGGUGAUGAUAAUUGGUUAACGGGAUGGGAGCAGCAAUGUGCGGAGAGUGUUGAAAGUGAACCCGAUUAUGAUCAACGCUUGGCAGAAGAAAAUGAAAAUUUUCAGCGUCGAGUUUGGUCCGAUUUUCAAGACUCUGCUACAGCAAUAGCACAAUUAUACAGAGAUCGGUAUACUGGAGAGCCACCAACAAUAUGGUUACAAUUUCAAACAGCUGCUGGGACAGUAACAAAGCUUUAUAAAGAAUCUUGUGAGAGCUUUAAAAAAGUCACUGAAUUAGCUAAGCAAAGUGGAUAUCAAAAAAGAAAUAGCGAAUUAUUAAAUUGGGCAAAAAGGAAAAGACGUUUAAUUAGGCGAGAAGAUCUUUUGGCUUAUUUAGCUGGAAAACCAUUACCACCUCGACAGGCUCAUCAUCAUCACGGGCAUCAUAGGUUAUCUCCAAGAUCUUGCAAUGUAUCUCCACCUCCUCAUCACAGAGAUUCUUCCAACAGCACCCCACAUUUAAUUGACCCGAAUUUACAUAUGUUUAGAGAAGCUUUAACAAAUACUAGAAGUGGAACACUUAGGAACUCAUCUCAAGGUGAUCCAGACUUAUGUUCGUUUAUAGCAGGCGAAAUGGCUAGACACGGAGCUAAAAGAUCUGCUUCACCCAAUGAUGUAACUAUGGGUAGUCCCACUCACCAGAAAAGACCACGCUAUAUGUGAUUAAGUG